AUGCACUGGGGAGUUGGCUUUGCCUCGUCCAGGCCGUGCGUGGUGGACCUGAGCUGGAACCAGAGCAUCUCCUUCUUCGGCUGGUGGGCCGGGUCCGAGGAGCCCUUCUCCUUUUAUGGGGACAUCAUCGCUUUCCCUUUGCAGGAUUACGGUGGGAUCAUGGCAGGGCUGGGCUCGGAUCCCUGGUGGAAGAAAACCCUUUAUUUGACCGGGGGAGCUUUGCUGGCCGCGGCUGCGUAUCUGCUCCACGAACUCCUGGUCAUUAGGAAACAGCAAGAGCUUGACUCCAAGGAUGCUAUUAUUUUACACCAGUUUGCAAGACCUAACAAUGGUGUCCCCAGCUUAUCUCCUUUCUGUUAAAUGGAAACAUACUUAAGAAUGGCUGACCUACCCUACUCGAACUAUUUUGGUGGAAAGCUCUCUGCUCAAGGGAAAAUGCCUUGGAUUGAAUAUAAUAAUGAAAAAGUGUCUGGCACAGAAUUCAUAAUCGACUUUCUGGAAGAGAAACUUGGAGUGAACUUGAACAAAAACCUUGGCCCUCAUGAAAGAGCUGUCUCAAGAGCUGUGACCAAGAUGGUGGAAGAGCACUUUUACUGGACGUUAGCUUAUUGCCAGUGGGUGGACAAUCUCAAUGAGACCCGGAAGAUGCUGUCUCUUAGUGGUGGUGGUCCCUUCAGUAACCUGCUCAGGUGGGUCGUGUGCCACAUAACAAAAGGAAUUGUGAAGCGGGAGAUGCACGGCCACGGCAUUGGCCGCUUCUCGGAGGAAGAGAUUUACAUGCUGAUGGAGAAGGACAUGCGGUCUUUAGCAGGGCUUUUGGGUGACAAGAAGUACAUCAUGGGGCCCAAGCUUUCCACGCUUGACGCCACUGUGUUUGGACACUUGGCACAGGCGAUGUGGACUUUGCCAGGGACCAGACCGGAGCGGUUGAUCAAAGGGGAGCUGAUCAACCUCGCCAUGUACUGUGAGAGGAUCAGGAGGAAAUUCUGGCCUGAGUGGCACCAUGAUGACGACAAUACCAUCUAUGAGUCUGAGGAGAGCAGCGAGGCCAGCAAGACUCACACACCCAUGCUGGAUUUUAGCUUCUAUUCAAGGACAGAGACCUUCGAAGAUGAAGGGGCUGAGAACAGUUUUUCCAGGACGCCAGACACGGAUUUCACCGGACACUCUCUCUUUGAUUCUGACGUGGACAUGGAUGACUACACAGACCACGAACAGUGCAAGUGAUGUCCCGCCUGACCCUCUUCCUUAGGAGUUGCCACUCCCUGGGUCAGCCUGGUUUCCCAGGUAGAAAUCCACCUGAGCUGGGAGGAGAUCCUCAAGCUUGGCUCAGUUUUAACAUGCUAACUGGACUAUAAGCCGCCUUAUUUCUUUUUUGUACAAACAAAACACGGAACCAUUCAGAUGGCUCCAUUUAAAACAGACAAAACAAAUAUCAGCAUGGUACCUGAAAUCCAUUUUUGUUUUCAUUAGAAAACCAAUAUUGUGUGGGAGGGCAGGUACAUGAAUGGGCGUCACCUGAGUGUUUUUAUUGCUCCUUUUCAACUGAGGACUCGGUUGUCAGGUGGACUCUUGAACAUCUUUCAUCUACCAGGGUUUUAAGUGAUGAGAGAUAUUGUCAGAAAAAAUGUAGGGGAUAACGUCCUUUGGCCGCUGUUGUACUUUGUGUGUGUAUUUGUAUGUUGAGACAGAAGUCAAAUGAAGUCCACCGAUAUUCAGUGGACAGCGGUUAUGUGUGCAGCGCUGAGUCGGGGGUGCUAUGCAACAGGAGUUUUCAUUCUAAACCCUGCCAGUCAGUGACUAGCUGCGUGAUCUGGGGCAGGUCCUUUAACUAUUGUGUGCCUCAUUUACCCCACCUGUAACGUGGGGAUGACAAUACUCUCCACCUACCUACCUCACAGGGGUGUCGUGGGGGUUCAUGUGGCAGCAUUAGCAUGGCACUGUAAACCUUCUGGAAGUGGUGCAAUGCGAACCAAUUUUAUUCUUCAUUGGGCUUCGUAAACGUUAAGAUCUGAGGGCACAGGACUUCCAUAUUUGGGCAACAAGCACAGUCCCUUGCAAAGGCUGUGCAGAUGAAACACACACAAAGCCUGUUAGGACUGUGACAUUCUUCUUUGUGACGUGGCUGGAAGAACUUUGGAAGUAGCUUCCCAAAUCAUCAUCGGCUACAUGUGGUCCUCAGCUCUGGGCACUUGCAGAACAGCGUUUCUUUCAUUGCCGAGUGCACUGGCGUGUGGCUUUGCUGCCUCCCAAGUGCUAACUUGCCUUUGUUUAUUGAUUGCGAGAAGAUAAAGCUUAGGACUAUGGCAGGUUAACAGAGGUGAAGGAAAGCAUUUGACUUUUGUAGGCACAAGCUUGUCAACUGUCGUGACUACUUUUUGAAGACAAAGAUGUGCUGGAAAGAGAAGCAUGAAGGUGUUCCUUGUGUCUGAGUUCUCUGCAGUUUCCUUAAUGCCCUGGUCAGGUGUCCCACUGUGGGGGAGAGCGAGACAGCAUGGACACCAAUUCCUAGUGUUUCAUGAUCUCUCAUCCCUUCCCAUCACUCCUCUCUUUCCUUCUCUCCAGAGCCCCCAAACUGGUGGGAUUUUCCUGUAUUGGUAUUUGACUCUGAAGACAGCUUUGGAUAGCUUAGUUCAUUUUCUAGGCAAUUGUGGGCCAAGGGUUCUGUGUGGUGGCUGUGAAUUUGGGCUGUAAGACUUAACUACAAACCAAUGGCUUUGCUUCUGACCAACUGGGUAAAGGUUACUUUAGGGUUGAUGAGGCCCCCCAAAGAUGGAGGUUUCUGAGAAAUUAAUGUAAUUUACUUGAAAAGUAACCUAUUUUUAAUAUAGCUUCUCCACAAAAAUCUUUAAAGAGUGUUGUUCAUUUUCGAAGCGGCAAAGAGGGGGCGUUUUGAAGAUGUUCGCCGCUGAAGCAGCUGUAGGGCAUAAUGUUGAAAUGGGAAUAAUGUUGAACUCUUAUGUUAGAAAAUCUUACCUGUAGAAAACUUAGCUAUGGAUAUUUUGUAUUAAAGAGGAACUGCUUGAUGAGUAGUAAGAAGGGGGUGGAGGAGGUGUGCAUGAUUAGGCAUGCUUGUGUGUUGGUGUCAUGUGGGUGACCUGUUUGCUUCCUGAUGUUCUGAGCAUCGCCUGGCAGUUCUAUGUGAUGAGGGAAACCAUUGAAUGGAGCAUGGCUAAGAGUUCUGUGGACCUGACUCAGCACAGGUUUUCUUGCCCGCUCCUCUCUCUCAGCUGGAAAGAAAUGCUUGACACUUUGCGUAUAACUGACUUAUUCUUCCUUUGUGAUGCUUUUCCCUGUAAGAAUGUUGUGAGUAUGAGUAUGUGGAUUAGUAUCUGCUUUCUUAUGCAUUACUUGGAGGGGAACUCCAUACAUAGGCAGUGUUUGUUGUUAAGUUGUAGGGAAGUUCACUUCAUCUAGGUACCCCUCGAGGGGUGUAAUCAAUGGGCAUUGCCAACUGGAGUCCUGGGUGCUUGGACAGCUCACAACUGGGUACUUUGUAGACACAAAUUUGAGUAGAACCUGAGAAUAUACCUCUGUUUCCCUCCUCCAUAUGGAGUAUUGAAACAAAAUGACCAAGAUAAAGAUCACGGCAGUGUGGGUCCUUAAUGGGAGGGCUUUACUUUUUUAUGUGCUGCCCAGAUUUGAAGCCCUGUCCAGUUUGGUGAAUAGGUGCUACUUGUAAGGACAACAAUAAGAAACUAGGGGGCGUUUCACUCAUUCGCUCAAGA